GGUUUUCUUCUUGCAUUGUAUGAGGAAGAGGAGCGCGAUGUGUAGUUCAGUCUAGUGUCAACUAAUGACUUAAUUUCCCCCUAGUACAAGCAGGUGGGGCCGAGUGCUUACGCUGCACCAAGUUAGGACCGUAUCUUCGAGGACGGAGUUUCAUGGGAGGCAGAGAUAGGGCGGACUGGUUUCCUGUUGUUUUGGGACGCCCUGUGUGAUAUCUGACUGGGGAAAUGAAGUGGAGGAGCCUGCACAUUUCUUCGCUCACAUAAACAAAGGAUACCGUCAGACGUGCUGGGUCACCGCGGUGGAGAAAGUCAUCAUUUAAACGCCGUGGUAAGACGUCCCCUCCCCCGCCUGGAGGGCCAGCGUCAUGGCGCUGAGCUCGGGCGGGUGGGCUCACACGCCUCCACCGGCACCAUCCCCGCCUGUACCCCGGGCCAUGCCUUCGCAGGCCAGCUGCCACACCGUGUUAAUGUCGGUGCGGGUGUCAGUGUGCCAUUCAGGGAUCCGUCCGUUAUGUCUUCCUGGAGCCGGAGAUGAGUGCCUCCGCCUUCAGCUUAGCAUGGACCCGGGCCGGGCCGGGGAAUUCCGCCUUGCCCUGAGGGACGCUAACGGUACCCGUAGGAGUGUGCCUAUCGUGGAGUUCGAUCUGCGCUCUGUGCGUUACGAGGUCAAGUCCCCACGUUGUCACGAGCUGUGUCUGGACACACCCCCCCACGACCGCAUCAGCUUCAACUUCCGCUGUGAGAAGGAGGCGCAGGAGUGGGCCACCGUGGUGAUGUCAUCCCUGAGGGAGGCCCACAGAGUGGCAGACAGCUCCCCCCUGCUGGUCGAUGAGAAACAGCCCAACCCGGAGCCUGCAGAACAGCAUGGUUCUCUCCCCUUAUACAGCACAGAGGAGCUGUGUGUGGAGCUGACGCGAGCCAUCGAAGCAGGGGACACGCAGGCUGCUUCACAGCUGGCCACAACCCUGGCCCGCCAGCAGGUGGCGCUCAAGAUGCAGCUCUCUGAGAAGAACUACAUGGACACAGAGAUAAGUCUGGCUGUGGCGGUGGAGGACGCUUCCUCUUCCUGUUGCAUCACGGUGAAAGUCUUCCCCCACAUGACCAUUGCGUCGCUCAAGCAGCAGGUGUUCCUGGAGUACGGGUUCCACCCGCGGGUGCAGCGCUGGGUGAUCGGGCAGUGCCUGUGCGCGGAGCCGCGCUCGCUGGCGUCCUACGGGGUGCGGCGGGACCGGGACACGGCCUUCCUGUACCUCCUCUCGGCGCGCCAGGCCCGUCUGAGCCGCCAGAUGUGCCAGCAGGACCAGGAGAGCGCCCUGCUGGCCCCCCCACCGCCCAGCAACGGGCCCGCGUCCCAGGACUGGAGGGGCUACAGCACCUUGCCCUCCAGACUGUCCCACGGCACCACGGGCAAUAGUGGGGGCGGGUCUGAGAGACUUGGUGUUGGUGAAAUCCGGGACCUCCUGAACCUUGACCAGCUACAUCUGAAUGAAGCCCCAGUCCCAAAUAAUCCAAAAACACAGCUGGGAUGGUCGUGUCCCUCGUGUACCUUCAUAAACAAGCCCACUCGUCCCGGCUGUGAGAUCUGCAGCACUGACCGGCCCCCGAGCUACAGACAGGACCCGCCGGACCCACACCGCCUGCACCAGGAGAAAGGGAGGAGGGAAGAGCUGGGUGGGGCGGCAGCACUGAACGGAUCGCUGCAGUAUAACCAAAACCCGCCGCACGACCAGGACUACUGACCACACCCACACACAGACUGCAUACCAUGAACCUGCCCACAGACAGGACUACUGACCACAUCCACACAUAGACUGCAUACCAUGAACCUGUCCACAGACAGGACUACUGACCACACCCACACACAGACUGCACACCAUGAACCUGUCCACAGACAGGACUACUGACCACACCCACACACAGACUGCAUACCAUGAACCUGCCCACAGACAGGACUACUGACCACACCCACACACAGACUGCAUACCAUGAACCUGCCCACAGACAGGACUACUGACCACACCCACACACAGACUGCACACCAUGAACCUGUCCACAGACAGGACUACUGACCACACCCACACACAGACUGCAUACCAUGAACCUGCCCACAGACAGGACUACUGACCACACCCACACAACAGACUUCAUACCAUGAACCUGUCCAUAGACAGGAUUACUGACCACACCCUCACACAGACUGCAUACCAUGAAUCUGCCCAUAGACAGAACUACUGACCACACUCACACACAGACUGGAUACCAUGAAUCUGCCCAAAGACAGGACUGGCAUACAACACACCACACAGGUAUGUAUACACAAACAUACAGACUCAUGCCUUGUACUGCAAAUACGUACUUGGUGUACUAACCAUCGCCAAUAGUUGGUUGACUUGCAUUCUGGUGCAGAGACAGAAGCAAACUGAAGCAUAGGUACCCCCUGCAGCCCAAAGCAGGAACCGCGGUUUAUACUGUGCUACGAUAGUCCCUGUACUGACUGAUAACACUCAUGCUGUAGAGCGGGCAACAGAUUUCUUUUCAGCAUGGGAGUAUUGUCAGUUGCGUAAGGACUGGUUGUUUUAUUUGUGCAAGAAAAAAUAAUAUGUGGAUAUGUAAUAUACGAGAUGUAUUGUUUCUGUUUGUCAUUCUGUCUAAAUUUACUGUGAACGUGUGUGCUGAAAGCUCCUCCCACCCUCCCGGUGAUGUCAUGUGUACUGGUGCCAGCUCAUCUGAGGGGAGGAGGGGUGGUUGGUCCAAAGGACCAACAGCUCAUUGCCAGUGUUUUAAAGUGCUUUUAUUUUAAAUGGCAUUGUAUUAAGUGUUGUAUUAUGUAAAUAUGAGUCAAGGACAUGCCCGGUGAGUCGUGUGCACGAAUCACCGGCUUAGUUCUGUGAGCGCCAGUCAUUGCAGGGUAGUUCUGGAGCAAUCGGAAAAGGCCUGUGGCUUUCAAAACGAGCAAAAGUAUGUAAAUGCGUGUAAAGAAAUGACGAUGCAUCAUCUGUUGAGUUCCUUAGGAGAAAUGCAGAUAACAUGUAUUAUUGUAAAAGACCUAUUAAAAUGUUUAAAAUUUA